GCACGUUGAAAGAGACUGCAAGAGAACUGGGAUGUCCAUAUAUUGUCGUGAUUCAUUCAGAUGGCAUUCACCGACGAUAUUCCAUCAAUGGCUACCAGUAUGGUUUCGGAGAGAAUUCAAUCCAAGCAUGUAUGCGUGAUCGGCGCUGGACCGUCAGGGCUGGUGGCCGCGAGGGAGCUAAGAAAAGAGGGUCACAGUGUGGUGGUGAUGGAGCAAAACCAUGAUAUUGGAGGGCAGUGGCUGUAUGAACCCAAAGUGGAGGGUGAGGAUGCUUUAGGGAAGAGUACAUUUUUGAAGGUCCAUAGCAGCGUCUAUGACUCUCUGAGGCUGUUCUCUCCUAGAGAAAUAAUGGGGUUCAGUGAUUUUCCAUUUGUUGUAAAGAAAGGUAGGGACAUGAGGAGAUUUCCAGGGCACAGGGAGCUUCUCUUGUACCUGCAGGACUUUUGUGAAUGGUUUGGGCUCAGGGAGAUGAUGAGGUUCAAGACAAGGGUAGAGUAUGUGGGGAUGCUGGAUUCUGAUCAAGUUGGCAGAGAUUUGAAGUGGGUUGUGGAAAGCAGAGACAUGGAGUCUGAAAAGGUGUCGGAGGAGGUGUUCGACGCGGUGGUGGUGGCAACCGGCCACUAUUCUAAGCCUAGAUUGCCUUCCAUUAAAGGAAUGGAUGUAUGGAAACGAAAGCAAAUGCACAGUCACAUGUACAGGGUUCCUGAGCCAUUUCGCCAUGAGGUGGUGGUGAUAGUUGGAAACUCACAUAGUGGAGAGGACGUAUCCAUAGGGCUUGUGGAAGUGGCAAAAGAAAUACAUCUGAGUUUCAAAUCUCUUGAUCUUUCUGAAGGUCUCUCUAAAUUCAUCUCCAAGCAUCACAACUUGCACCUUCAUUUGCAGAUUGAAUCCCUUCAUGAAGAUGGACGAGUAGUAUUUGUAGAUGGCUCUUGGGUCAUGGCAGACACCAUCAUAUACUGCACUGGAUAUUCAUAUUCCUUCCCAUUUCUGGACACCAAAGGAAUAGUAGUAGUGGAUGAUAACAGAGUAGGACCAUUGUAUGAGCACACCUUCCCUCCAUUGCUAGCUCCUUCUCUAUCUUUUGUCGGCAUUCCUCGCAAGAUCAUAGCGUUCCCUUUCUUUGAAUCGCAAGCAAUAUGGAUAGCUCAGCUGCUGUCUGGGAAAAAAACACUACCCUCAUUCCAUGACAUGAUGCACUCCAUUGAAGACUUCUAUCGAUCAAGAGAGAUUGCUGGCAUCCCAAAGCGUUACACUCAUGAGCUUGCCGAUUUUGAGUACUGUGAUAAAUAUGGAGACAAUGUUGGGUUCCCACACUUGGAAGAAUGGAGGAAAGGGCUAUGCGUAUCGGCCGUGCUAAAGGCCAUGGCCAACUUGGAGACUUUUCGUGAUUCUGGGGAUGAAGAUGAGCUGCUGCAAGUGGCUCUUCAAAGCCCUCAUUUCACUCAAUUUCCUCAGUCUCCGUCUCAACAUUUUACUACAUGAUUUCAUUAUAAUCUUCCAAUUCAACUUAAAAUCGGUUUGAGGUUGAUGUGUUUGUUGGUCAGACUAAAUCUUAUUUAAUGUCUUAGUAUUUGUA